GGAGAUACCAUAGUAAUUCUGUGCGCUAUUCAGCCACAGCAUUCACAAUGGGGAAGCCAAAGACAAAAGGCCGACGAUUCUCUGCAAAUGAGGUACCGAUCGCAGCUGCGGAAAAGCCUGCUAACUCCUCUACUACCAAUACAGAUUCACUUCCAGACUUGUCUACGGGCGUCCUAGCCAACCUAACGAAACGCAUUGAACAAGGUUUACAAGACCAGAAAUCCCAGCCGCGAAAGGAGCCAAAGGCGACCGCGAGUGAAUUGAAAAAGAAGAAAGAUGCUCGUCCGCAAUUCGAACGUAAACCCGACAACAAAAAGGGGAAAAAGCGGGACAGGAACGGGGAAGUUAUAGCCCCUCGAGUAAGCGCGAAGGGAAAACCUGGGUCCAAACUUGACGAAGGAGGGGCCCACGGAAGCGCAUUAGAAAAUGAAAUAUACUCGAUCGGCGGAACUAAGGAGGACUACGAUCUCCUUGCUGGCAUCGAUUCAGAUUCGGAAAUGGAAGUCUUUGAGGAUACGCCAAACAAACAAAAUGGGAAAUCAGUUAAUGAGAACACUCUACGCAAGGAUCUAGAAAAAAUGCUGGGCGCAGAUAAUCCAUCCCCAGCGUCAAAACCUACAGCUAAAAAGGCUAACGUUGCGAAUCCUAUUCACCUUGCUCCCAAGCCGGCAAAGGAAACCAAGCCACCAAAGGAUAUCCAGCCUUCAAUAGAAACCCCAACGCAAAAUACUCUGAAGAAGAAAUCGAAUCCGAACCAGGAGGAGGUCUCCGGUUCGAAAAAGCUAACACAGCAGCAUAGUGCACGAUCAUCCAAUUUGGUUAUCGACCCUCGUCCCGAUUGGUAUUCCAUACCACUGCCUGAAAUAUCUCUAGAAUCACCGAAGAGUAGCGGUGUCGCCCGACACAUCUUAGAUCGUGUCCAAGAAUAUGCUACAACGCUACUUAACUCGGAAAACCAAGCCUUUGCAACAUCGCAGCAGUCGUCCUCAUCCUACAAGUUUUAUUCCACUAUCGUUUCUUCCGGAACUUUGAGUGAUAAAAUCUCAGCGUUAACACUGGCGGUGCAAGAGUCACCUCUCCACAAUGUAAAAGCAUUGGAGAAUCUUAUUGCGCUUGCUAAAAAGAGAAGUCGAGCGCAAGCUGUUGAGGUUCUCAGAUCCCUCAAAGAUCUAUUUGCCCAAGGCACCCUUCUCCCGAGUGAUCGCAGACUAAAAUCACUGGCCAAUCACUCGGCGUUGCUCGCUGCGUUCGAAGAUGUUCCUGGUAACUGGACUGCUUCAAAUCCCUUGCCCAAGGGUUUGGACCGGAGCCACCUCAUUGUGUGGGCCUUCGAGGACUUUCUGAAGGAGCAAUACUUCGAGGUACUGAAAAUCCUCGAAAUUUGGUGUAAUGAUGAAAUCGAAUUUUCGCGAUCCAAAGCAGUAAGCUAUGUUUACGAGCUCUUAAAAGAAAAGCCAGAACAGGAGUCCAAUUUGUUGCGCCUCCUGGUCAAUAAACUUGGUGAUCCAAACAAAAAGAUCGCUUCGCGGGCGUCUUAUCUUCUACUACAGCUUGAACAGUCCCACCCUUUGAUGAAACCAAUCAUAAUCUCAGCGGUCGAAUCAGACAUUCUUUUCCGACCAGGCCAAAGCCAGCAUGCAAAGUAUUAUGCAAUAAUCACCCUCAACCAGACAGUCUUGAGAAGUGGCGAAGAGGAUGUUGCGUCAAAGCUCCUCGAUAUAUAUUUUGGUCUUUUCGUUGCUCUGCUGAAGCCGACCAAGGAUUCCGCAGGCAACUCGGAACAUAAACAUGGGAGACACGAUGCAAAAUCUAAAAAGCGACGUGGAGGCGCCGCAGUUCCAAAAGGACAGGCUCAGGAAACUGAGUUGCGCGAGAAGUUGAUUGCGGGCGUUUUGACUGGCGUCAAUCGAGCUUAUCCGUUCACCAGCUCUGAUGUCGAAAAGCUUUCGAAGCAUAUUGAUACUUUAUUCCGUAUCACCCAUUCCUCGAACUUCAACACUAGCAUCCAAGCGUUGAUGCUUAUCCAGCAGCUAUCGUCUUCUCACCAAGUGUCGUUGGACCGAUUUUAUCGAACCCUCUAUGAGUCCCUACUCGACCCCCGAAUAUCCUCCUCGUCAAAGCAGUCGUUGUACCUAAAUCUCUUAUAUAAAUCUCUAAAGACUGACUUGAAUGUCAGGAGAGUUAAGGCUUUCGUAAAACGACUGGUUCAAAUCCUAUCACUACAUCACCCAUCUUUCAUUUGUGGCGUGUUCUAUUUGAUAAGGGAGCUGGAGAAGGUUUUUAUAAAUCUCUCCACGCUCAUGGACGAACAAGAAAACAUCGAAGACGACGACGAGGAGAUUUUUAGAGAUGUUCCGGAGGAUGGAGAGCAGACCGCGGAGCAAGCGCCGGAGCAGACCGAGAAGAAAAAUGAAAAUCGAUAUGACCCUCGUAAAAGAGACCCCGAACAUAGCAAUGCUGAUAGAAGUUGUCUCUGGGAACUGCUUCCCUACGUUUCUCACUUUCAUCCCUCCGUUUCCGUUAACGCUUCUCAUCUACUGCACCACGAACCUAUGUCUGGCAAGCCUGAUCUUUCUAUUCACACUCUUACACACUUCUUGGACCGAUUUGUCUACCGUAAUCCCAAGGCGGCUCCCAGUAUGCGUGGGGCUUCCAUUAUGCAGCCUCUCGCUGGAGGCGACAAUAGAGGCUUACUAGUCACAUCUGGAGGAAUGGGCAAGGCGCAGGAACCAGUUAAUAGGGAAGAGUUCUGGAAAAGGGAAAGUGACAAAGUUGCUGCUGAAGAUGUAUUCUUCCACGAGUACUUCAAUCGCAUGGAUAAGGAUAAUGUGCGCAAACUGAAGUCGAAGAAGAAGACUGGUGCCCGGGAUAAGGAUGGGGCUGAGAGUUAUGAUGAAUCAGAGAUUUGGAAGGCUCUUGUUCAGUCUCGACCCGAGCUUGAGGGCGAUGGUGAGAGUGACGAUGAUAUCGACGUCGAUGAUUUGGCAUCCGCCAUGGGUGAUGAUGAAGAUGAGCUUGAUGAUCUUGAUAUGGAUGAUAUGGAAAGUGGCGAUGAUGACGAGGAUGAGGAAGGGGUAAUUUUCAAUGAUGAGAGUGAUGAGUCAGGGGUUGAGGUAGAGCAAGAUAAAGGGCAUGCAGCGGAGGAAAUCGACGGUUUCGAGGGCUUUGGGGAUGAGGAUGCAUUCGAUAUGGAUGUCUCAGACGAAGAUGCAUUCCGAGACAGUGAUGACGAUGUGCCUUCUGACCUGGACAAUGGGGUUGAAGAGCUACUCGCUGAAGCCUCGCCCAAAGGAGACAAAUCUACGAGUAGACAGAAAAGGAGGAAACUCAAACACUUGCCCCUUUUCGCGUCUGCGGAUGAUUAUGCUGCAUUGUUGGCGGAUGAUGGCCUAGACGAUGGCAUGUGAUCGUUAUCCUUGGGUGAGGUAUGCAUGUUCGAUGGUUGGCAUUUUUUUGAUAGAGCCUCGAAAUUUGAAGCUAUUUUUAUGAUUUGCAUUACUUUUAAUAUAUUCGUAGCUACGUAGUCCAAUUUUUGCAGAAACGUACAUAUACUAUCAGCGACGGAGAUUUGACACCCUAAUUUCGAAUUUCCCGUUUUGAGGUAUCAAGCCCCAUUCUUUGUGAUCGAACCACCCAACAACAUGUUUUGAACAAGGCGGGAAUAGUAAUAAACUUGCAGUAGCGCCUCCUGGAAUAAUAUUCAUCACAUAUCAAUCAUAAAAUGUCGAAUGAAACCAGAAAAGGAGAAUUACUUUCCACGAUUUAUCAACGCAAUCC